AAAAUUAACCGGAGCGCGCCUCCUCUUCCGUUUCAGCUCCAAUUGUCAGAAGUGAUCAUGCGCGCACGGCAAUACAUGACGGAAGUGGUCGGCGGCGAGGGUGCCGUCCUGGCACACCAUGCGAAGCCCGACGACUUCAUGAAGAAGUUCGAGGAGGCGCAUAUCAAAGACGCGGCGCCGGUGCAAAAGUUUCUUCAGAAGAUUCAGUCCGACAAAGAAGGUGUGAUCCACUUGUUCCCAUGGAGCGGUAUCUUGGACGAGAAUUAUGAGCUGAGCGAGACCUUCCAAGUACCUGAUAUCAAGACGGGCAAAAUGGUCAGGCUGAUGUCGCAGCUCACAUCCAAAGAGGAGGAAAUGUUCCGGAAUAUGAUCCGACGUCUGAACAACAUCGUCACGGUCGCCGACAAACUGGACGUUCGUAUAAUGAUAGACGCGGAGCAGACGUACUUCCAGCCGGCCAUAUCCCGCCUGACGCUGGAGAUGAUGCGCAAGUACAAUACAAGAAAGGCCGUGGUGUUCAACACGUACCAGACGUAUCUGCAAGAGGCGUAUAACGAGGUGAAAACCGACCUCGAACAGGCGGAACGCCAAAAUUUUUACUUCGGUGCUAAAUUGGUGCGCGGUGCUUACAUCGAGCAGGAGAGAGCGAGGGCGGCAGCUAUGGGCUACCCGGAUCCCACGAAUCCUACGUACGAAGCAACGACCGAUUCCUAUCACAAAACGCUCAUGGAAUGCCUGAGACGAAUGAAGCAGUAUAAAGAUAAGGGAGAGGAUCCCAAGAAAAUAGGGAUCAUGGUCGCCUCGCACAACGAGGACACCGUACGCUUCGCGAUCGAGAAGAUGAAAGAGAUCGGAAUUUCCCCAGAGGAUAAAGUCAUUUGCUUCGGCCAGUUAUUGGGAAUGUGCGACUACAUAACCUUCCCGUUAGGUCAGUCCGGUUAUUCUGCGUACAAGUACAUCCCGUACGGGCCAGUUAAGGAGGUGCUGCCGUACCUGUCGCGGCGCGCACAGGAGAACCGGGGCAUACUGACGAAGAUCAAGAAGGAGAAGCGCCUGCUACUGAGUGAAAUCACGAGACGCUUAGUGCGCGGCAAGAUCUUUUACAAACCCAAGGGCAACUACACUCCGGUUUGAACAGUCAACUCCCUUAGUUUGCACAGACAGAGAAUUUUAAGUAUCAAGUUUAAGUAGUGGUUGUAAAUUAUUAAAAACUCUCCAAGACCUUGAUGCGGGCACUUUGGAUCGGACUCGAGUAAGAAUAUGACUUUUGACGGACUGUGUGGUACUCGGAAGAUAGAAUGAAGGGGCAGGGAGGGAGAGCGAAAUAGAGAGAGAGAGAGAGAGAGAGAGAGAGAGAGAGAGAGAGAGAGAGAGAGAGAGAGAGAGAGAGAGAGAGAGAGAGAGAGAGAGAGAUUAAGAAAGAGCGACGCGUGUGCGCUAGUGUGCGUGAGAGAUUAAAGUAUACGCAGUGUUGUUCAUUACGUAAAAGCCGCCUCAGUGCUGCAUCGUCGAGUGUGUCGACGUCGAUGU